AUGAAUGACGCAUCAUCCGAAUCCUGCAAUCCAGAAGGCCUCGCCACACAAACUCCUACACAAGACCACACUCGAAACAUCGACCCAGCUCCAAGCCUUCUAAGUCUCCCAGCCGAACUCCGCCUAAUAAUCUACGAACACACAUUCACCCACCAAACCAUCCACGUGCGCCCAAAAUCCUACUCCUCCCUAGGCACCGAACCUCCACUGCAAUCCCAUAGCGCCCAAAAAUACCGAUCAGUAAUUUCCCUCCUCCUAACCUGCAAAACAACCCGCAAGGAAGCAACUCCAACUUUCAACGCACUCGUUACUUUCGACCUAACAGCUUAUUAUGACUGCAUGGCCGCAGUGUACGAAUUGGGACCCGAUAUAUGUCGGGGUAUUAAGAGUAUACGCGUGGAUUCGAGACUGGCGAAGAGGUUGGCGGCGGGGACGCAGCAGGGCCGUGUGAAGGAGACGGGGUAUCGGGAUUUGCUGCCGGCGUUGCGGCAUGUGUAUGUAAGUGAUAAUAUUGUGGUGUUCGGGGUGUUGGCGAUAAGUCAUGAUUUAGCUAUUAGGGCGUUGCGGGUAUAUUUUGGGUGGGAAGGGUUGGAAGUGCAUUUUCCUGGGUGA